AUGGCGUACCAUCCCAUGCGUAAUGGCAUGGUGGAACGCUUUCACCCUCAGCUUAAGGCAGUGCUCACAGUAACGGAAGAACACAGCUGGGUAGAGGCGCUACCGCUCGUGCUUUUGGGCAUACGGCCCACUCUAAAAGCAGACAUUGGCUGCAGCGCCGCUGAGCUGGUCUAUGGCACGACACUCAGGCUGCCAGGGGAGUUUUUUGUGCACGGCCCAGAUGAGACACCUACAGCUUCCAGUGGUUACGCACUUCGUCUACGGGAUAUGAUGAGCAAACAUCGUGCUGUGCUCCCGCGGUAUCCCGGGACGCGGGCUGUACAUGUCGACCCGCGGCUCACAUCGUGCCCAUACGUGGUGCGACGUGACGGUGUUCGGCGGCCUCUUCAACCACCAUAUGAUGGACCGUUUAAGGUCAUCCGCCGUGGGGACAAGCAUGUCAGCAUCGAUAAAUGCGGCCUCCAAGAGGUUGUGUCGCUUGACCGUGUCAAGCCAACACACAUGGACAGUGACGCCGCCGCGGUGUCUCCGCCAAGAGAGUCCCCGCCUUCGCCAGGGCCCCCAGCUGCAGCACAAGCUCCAGAGGUGCUCACGCGACGUACGAAAAGUGGGCGGUGCUCAAGAGCCCCUACUCGACUGGACCUUUGA